CCACCAAAUGCCUUAUUCUCGUUUACAUCUCCCUCACCCUGUGGAACGUACGCGUCUGUGUUUUUAGGAGGCAGAGCUUUUCCGGCUGUGAGUCAUUCAGCAAUGGUUAAUGCAGAGAGCAAAUAGGCCAAUCAGACGAGUUUAUUGGAAACUCGGCUAACCGAGUCACGAGCCCUGGAUUGUCGAGUUAAGGAGGAUCAUACAGACAAGGAAGGGGAAGGAAAGGAAAGAUAACUUCGCGGUUGCAUCAGCGCUAACCAUGCAGAGCCCGGUGGAGAAGAAGCCAGGAGUCUACACGUACAUGGCUCAAUGGCCAAUCUAUUCAUUAGCAUGGUCGGUCCGGCGUGACAAGAAAUCGCGCCUCGCUGUCGGAAGUUUCCUGGAAGACUACAGCAACAAGGUGGAGGUGGUGCAAUUCAGCCAAGAAACAUUAGAUUUCUCCACCGACAGCCGUCUAGUGUUCGACCACCCAUAUGCACCCACAAAAUUAAUGUUCUUCCCCUCCGAGGAAGCCAUGAACCCAGAUCUCAUCGCCACCUCCGGAGACUAUCUCCGGCUGUGGGAGAUCCACGACGACCGUAUUGAGCUAAAGGCACUUCUGAAUGGUAAUAAGAGCGAGUUCAACUCGGCCAUCACAUCAUUCGACUGGGCUCAGUUGGACGCACGUCGGAUUGCCACGUGCAGCGUGGACACCACUUGCACUAUAUGGGACGUAGAGAGGGCGGCUGUGGACACUCAACUGGUGGCCCAUGAUAAAGAGGUGUUUGAUAUUUCGUGGGGUGGGGUUGGGAUUUUUGCAUCAGUGUCGGGUGACGGUUCAGCUAGAAUUUUUGAUUUGAGGGACAAGGAAAGAUCUACGAUUAUAUAUGAAAACCCCAUUCCGGAUAGUCCUUUGUUGAGGUUAGAGUGGAACAAGGGUGACCCUAAGCUCAUAGCCACAGUGGGAAUGGACAGUAAUAAAGUGGUGAUUUUGGACAUUAGGUUCCCCACAGCCCCCAUAUUGGAACUAAGGAAGCACGAGACGAGCGUGAAUGCAAUAUCUUGGGCUCCGCAUGUCGGACGCCAUCUGUGCUCCGUGGGCGACGAUUCCAGGGCUCUGAUAUGGGACGUGGCUAGUCAUGGCUUUAGACUGGACGCGACAGACGAAGUGGAGCCCAUCAUGUGGUACGGUUCUACAGCUGAAAUCAAUCAAGCGCGCUGGUCUCCGGUUGACUUGGAUUGGAUUGCCAUUGCUUUCUCUAACAAAUUGCAGCUCUUGAAGGUGUGAGGUAUAUUUUCAUUGAGUGUUUGUAGUUGUACUACUUUUAAGUUCUUAUCUUGGGCAUUUAGUUUGAUGUAGUGGAUGGUAUCCUACCAUAAAAUAUUGUAGCAUAUUAAUUUGAUUUCAUGUCAGGUAACCAGAUGACUCUUUAAAGCUCUACCAUAAGCGUAAGAUUGUUUAAAGGAAUGGGUUGAGGGUUGAGGUUGCCUACUGUUAUUGUUAUAAAUUAUAAAAUUAAUGACUCUCUCCGUUGAUUCUUAUUUUAGCCAGUUGUGGAUGGGAUGUAUUUUUUUCUA